AUGUCGUCAAAAGCAAAGAAAAAAACCACCGCCCCCAAUGCUGCGCCAGCAGAGGGAAAGAAAAUAAAGGUCCCGAAACUGUUCAUCACAAGACCGACUCUGAAGAGCCAUACGACCGUGUACCUACACCCAGAGAUCGCGCAGGCAUUGGAGCUUUCGCCUGGCCAGUUCGUGGUGGUAUCCAAGGAAGGUGGCUCUGAUGUUCUCACAUUGGUUGACCAUACAGACGAAUCCGAGGAGCUCAACGUGGUCCUUGUUCCAAAGGCAACGCGCGCGUUGGCGGGCCUUCUCUUGGGAGACCGUAUCUCCAUCAGCAGAUACCAGAAACAGGUGCCGUUUGCACAAGCUGUGCGUGCACGAAUCGAGGGCCGGAUCGACGAGAAAUCGGCGAAGGCCGCUUUGAAGAAAGCAGGUUUGCUUCAUCCGGGGCUCCUGAUCCCGUGCAAAGACCUGACGAUCCGGGUCGUGGGAAUCGACCUGAACGCCUCUUCGGCCAGUUCCAUAGCCUCUGUCUCGGCCCAAAUGGCCGGGCUUUCCAUCUCAGAAGCGAGUAAAGAGCUUUUUGUGUCGCCGCCUCAUCUCUGCAUCCCAAACACGGACAUUGGCAUCGUGGACUAUGAUGUUGACCCCACGCAGUUCCCCAGACUACCACGCCCUUAUGCAUUUGACCAGGUGGGUGGGCUCGAUAAGCCCAUCUCGCUUCUCCGCUCCACGGUCCAGAUCCCGCUUCAUCACGCCUCCUUGUUCCUGGACUUUGGCAUAUCCCCACCACGCGGCAUUCUCUUGCAUGGACCCCCCGGAACCGGCAAAACCAUGCUUCUUCGUUGCGUGGCGCAUGAAUCCGAUGCCCACGUGCUCAUGGUCAACGGGCCGCUGAUUGUGUCAAAGUACUUGGGAGAGACCGAAAAUGCAUUGCGUGACUUGUUUGCCGAGGCCGUCAGAUACCAGCCAGCAAUCAUAUUCAUGGAUGAGAUCGAUUCGUUGGCUCCCAAGAGAGGCCUGGAAGACGCAGGAGAAACCGAGUCCCGAGUGGUAGCGACGCUCUUGACCAUGAUGGACGGCAUGGGUGAUGCGGGCAGAGUUGUUGUUGUUGGAGCGACAAACAGGCCGAACUCCAUUGAUCCUGCCUUGAGACGCCCCGGCCGUUUCGACCAAGAAGUCGAGGUUGGAAUCCCGGACGUCGAGGCCCGUGCGGACAUCUUGAGAAAACAGCUAGCCAAGAUGAACCAACAGAAAUGCCAAAUUCUGGAGGACGACGUCAUAACCAUCGCGUCCAAGACACAUGGCUACGUAGGUGCCGACUUGUCGGCCUUGUGCCGGGAGGGUGUAAUGAAGGCCAUUGCCCGAGGAAUCCAAGGCCUGGAUACGGGUGACGGGAAUUCUUCGGGCAUGGCCAACUUGGCCCACAUCGACCAUCUCGACCCUCUGACUAAAGUUGAAUGUCGUGACCUCGAAGCCGCACUCGUGGACAUACGCCCAUCUGCCAUGCGUGAAAUCUUUUUGGAGAUGCCCAAAGUCUCGUGGAGCGAUAUCUCUGGACAGCAUGAGUUGAAACAGAAACUCACAGAAGUUGUCCAGUUGCCUCUUGAAGCGGCAGAAACGUUUCUGCGCUUGGGUAUAUCUUCCCCUAAAGGUGUGUUGUUGUAUGGGCCCCCAGGAUGUUCCAAGACUCUCACAGCCAAGGCUUUGGCCUCGGAGUCUGGGCUCAACUUCUUGGCCGUGAAAGGCCCUGAGAUCUUCAACAAAUACGUCGGUGAGAGUGAACGCACCAUCAGAGAGAUCUUCAGAAAAGCACGCGCAGCUGCUCCCUCCAUUAUUUUCUUUGAUGAGAUAGACGCACUUGCAUCUUCCAGAGAAGACGCCUCGACCCUGGCUUCCCAAAAUGUUCUCACGUCGUUGCUUAACGAAAUCGAUGGUGUCGAAGAACUUAAAGGAGUGGUUGUGGUUGCUGCCACCAAUAGGCCAUCGGAGAUUGACUCUGCCUUGUUGCGCCCAGGUCGUCUUGACAGACACAUCUACGUUUCACCUCCCGACCUUGAAGCUCGGUUGGACCUCAUCACCAAGAAAUGCACCAAGUUUGAUGUGCGUGAUUCAGAAGCGUUGUUUACAAAGCUAGCGCAAUCCACAGAAGGCUGUUCGGGUGCCGAGGUGGCGCUUCUAUGUCAAGAGGCGGGGCUUGCGGCGAUCAUGGAGAACAAAAACACACACAACGUUGAGGAGCGCCAUUUCGAACAUGCGUUGAAGGGGAUCUCCCGGGGUAUCACACCGGAGAUGCUUGAAUACUACAAGGACUUUGCCCACCGCAGUGGAUUGAGCAUGUGA